GAGAACAAAGGAGUCAAUGAAGUGUUACAUUAAAUUCAACCACGUAAAAUUUUCUCUGUAACAAAAAAUUAGACUUUCUUCUCGUGUUUAGAAGCUAUAAAGCGCUUCAAACAUUGUGGAGAUGCAGUUACUUGAUCUCAGAAACAGCAAACAAAAUGUGUUCAAUUAUCUCUCUUUUCACCGCUUUAUUGGUUUGCCUUUUCAUAUCACUUUCUUUCACCUCAGCACGACCUCUAAAUACAGAUGAAUCCUACGACGACACAAGAUACAAGAGGGAACACUCACAUGGUAUAACUGGUCCAGUUCAAACCUACGUCAAAACCGACAAACAUGCAAAUUUUAAAUGGGGAGUAAGACAUCAUGUUGGACACCACUAUUCCGGGAAAUAAUAAAAAGUAGAGCCGAGAUUGCAUAUUAGUGAUUGGAUGUAAAUUGGAUUGUUAAAUCAGUAAUAAGUUGAUGCUAUUUAAAGUACUUGAAUUAUAUCCCAAGUGUGUUAUGUAUAAAUUUGCAUAACAUUUCAUCAUUAGAUCAUCAAAAACCACAAUUUCGCUCAUAGCUGGAAACUAUAACGUAAUUGUUAUCAGAGUUAUUUCACAUUGUGUGUGACAAAUAAAAUCUCCAACAAGUAUUGUUUUUUGAUAAAGUGUUUGACGUAUUCAUUUAAAUUUGUAAAGAAGAAUCUACAUCCUACUUGUUAAUUUUCUAAACCUUGGAAGGCUGUCAAAUAAAAUCGCAAUUACCUUAAAUCUAACCUAAAAAACACGGAUCCGCCUACCUCAAUGUCAACAAACCGAUAAGAAAUCAAUUUUUUGUAUUUGUGUAGGAGAUUAUGAGCAUUCCUCAAUUCUCAUAAUUAAAAAUGCAACCCGUAGUACUAUAGUUAUGCCGCUCAAUAUCCAACUAUAAUUCAAGCAUAAAAUUUCGUUCAAAGUCAUUAAUUUAUUUGUAUUUAAUAUUGUAUCGUAAAAAUGUCUCAUUAUUUAGAUCACAUUUUGAUAGGGGGUAUUUUAAGCACUCUUUUCAUAAUAUAUAAUUUUUCAUUACACAAAAUCGAGGAAGGCCAUGUCGGCGUCUAUUACAGGGGAGGUGCUCUAUUACCAGAACUCAGUAAUCCGGGAUAUCAUAUGUUGUUUCCUUUUUUAACUUCGUUCAAAUCUGUUCAGGUUACACUCCAAACUGAUGAAGUGAAAAACGUACCCUGUGGAACAAGUGGGGGUGUGUUAGUAUAUUUCGAUAGAAUUGAAGUAGUUAACCAUCUCGAUUCAAGUAGCGUAUUGGAUAUAGUCAAGAAUUAUACUGCCGACUACGAUAGAGCGUUAAUUUUCAACAAGGUACAUCAUGAACUGAAUCAAUUUUGUAGUACACAUACUCUUCACGAAGUCUACAUUGAUCUUUUCGAUCAACUUGAUGAAAAUCUGAAAGUAGCUCUGCAGAAAGAUUUGUUAGAGAUGGCACCAGGUUUGAAAAUUCAAGCAGUUCGACUUACAAAACCUAAAAUUCCAGAAGUCAUAAGGAAAAAUUAUGAACUUAUGGAAGGAGAAAAAACAAAGCUACUUAUAGCUAUUCAGCACCAGAAGGUUGUUGAAAAAGAUGCAGAAACAGAACGUAAACGUGCCAUUAUAGAAGCUGAAAAAGAAGCUCAAGUUGCAAAAAUACACUAUGAACAAAAAAUAAUGGAAAAGGAAUCGCACCAAAGAAUUUCCCAGAUCGAGGAUGAAAUGCAUUUAGCUAAGCAAAAAAGUCACACAGAUGCAGAUUUUUAUAGACUCAAACAACAAGCUGAAGCUAAUAAACUAUUAUUUACUCCCGAAUACCUUGAAUUGAAAAAAUAUGAAUCUUUGGGCCAAAAUAGCAAAGUUUACUUUGGAAAAGAAAUUCCUCAUACUUUUAUACAAACAGAUAAUGUAGCAAGUAAUGUGAAAGUAUUGGAUGGAAAAAAUUGAAAUAGUCAAAGUUUUUAAUUUUUGUGAUAUGCACAUAUAUAUGUAUUAGUUUGAA